CGGCAGUCGGCACCCAAAGCACUUCUUAGUUGUGUGCCGACAUCGAGAGGAGGAGGACGUGUCGCUUCCACCCCCGACACGCUCACACACACGCACGCGUCUCGCCUCUCCUCUCCGCGCCACUCACACACACCCUCCCUCCGCCCUGUGUUCCCCGGUGUGUUAAGGCUGCCGCUUCCUCCUCCCUCACGCGACCCUGUGGAGAGCUGACCCUUGCCUGAGCUUAAUCUAGAUGAGCCGAAGUACGAGAGUUUGGUGAAAAUGCCUGAGCGAGUAAACCCCAACAAAGCGGAGAGUCAGAUGACGCUGGCCAGUGCUCGAAGCGUCUCCGAUGAAAAGCAGCCGGGAUGGUUGGGUCGGAGGACGAGGCUGGAGCGGUACCUCAUCCUGGCGGGGACGACUGUGGUGUUCGUGGUGGUCGCCCUCACCUUCUCCCUCGCGGCCGUCAUCUACAGCUACCAGUCGGGCAUCUUCCAGCAGAACGCAGCAGAUGUCUCAUACCUCCCCGCUAUCUCAGCAGAGGCUCUCUCAGCACCUCCCCCAGUCUGCCUCAGCAAGGGAUGUGUAAAGGCCGCCGCCAGCCUGAUCGAGUCCAUGGAUGAGACCGUGGAUCCCUGUGACGACUUUUUCAAGUUCGCCUGCGGGGGCUUCCUGAAGAAGACCAUCAUUCCCGACGACAAAACAACCAUUUCACGCUUCAACGAAAUCUCCGACGAGCUCCAGCUGAAGCUCCGCGGCCUGGUGGAGGCGGAGGACUCCCCCACCGAGCCCCAGUUCUCCAAGAUGGUCAAGAACCUCUAUAAGUCGUGCAUGGACAAGGAAACGAUCCAGCAGAAGGGACUGAACCCGCUGAAGGAUGUGCUGCGUCAGAUGGGCGGCUGGCCGGUGCUGGAGGGAGACACCUGGGACCCCUCCGGCUUCCAGUGGGCCCAGAACGUCUACAUCAACAGACAACUCGGCUUCUCCCUCGACUACCUCUUCGACUUCUCCGUCAGCACCAACAUCAGGAACUCCACCUGGCGCAUUAUUGACAUCGACCAGCCGCCCCUUGGAAUGCCCUCGCGUAAGUACCUGCUCAAGGGCUUCAACAACAGUGACGUGCAGGCUUACUACAACUACCAGAUCAACAUGGCCGUGCUGUUGGGUGCCGACCGGGCCAGGGCGGAGCGGGAGCUGAAGGAAUCCCUCGAGUUUGAGAUUCAGAUUGCCAACUACUCCAUGCCGAAGGAGGAGCGCCGUAACAUCUCGAAGCUGUACAACAAGAUGACCAUCGGGGAGCUGCAGACGAUGGUGCCGGAGAUCCCGUGGCUGGAGUACAUCAACCGCGUGCUGCAUCCCUUCUUCACCGUGAACAUCGAGGAGCCUGUGGUUGUAGGCGUUCCUGAUUACGUCAAGAACCUCGGCAAGCUGCUCAAGAACACUCCCAACAGGGUGAUCGCCAACUACAUGCUGUGGCGCGUGACGUCGGCCUCGGUGGGUUACUUGUCCGAGGACGCGCGCGACAUCCAGCUGGAGUACAGCAAGAAGCUCGUGGGGAAGGGAACGCGGGAGCCCAGGUGGAAGGAGUGCAUGGGGACCAUCUCUCGCAGUCUGUCUCACGCCGUUGGUUCGAUGUACGCACGCAAGUUCUUCAAGGAGGACGCAAAGCAGGCGGCCGACACCAUGGUGCAUUUCAUUCGCAGUGAAUUCAGAAAAAUCUUAGAAAAUCUGGACUGGAUGGACCCGAUCACACGAGAGAAGGCGCUGACGAAGGCGAGGGCGAUUACCCCACACAUAGCCUACCCUCCUGAGCUGCUGGAUGACCGCAAGCUGGAGGAACUCUACGAUGGGCUGACCAUCUCGAGCGGUGAUUUGUUGGAGAACAUGAGGAACAUGACCAUCUUUGGAACCGACUACUCCUUCAAGAGGUUACGAGAGAAGGUUAACAAGAAGGACUGGAAGAACCAUGGCGCUGCGGCCGUCGUCAACGCCUACUACAGCCCCCUCGAGAACUCCAUACAAUUCCCCGCUGGUAUUCUUCAGGGAACGUUCUUCGAGGCUGACCGCCCUAAGUACAUGAACUUCGGAGGCAUCGGCUACGUCAUAGGCCACGAGAUCACGCACGGCUUUGACGACACGGGUCGACAGUUCGAUGCCAACGGGGACCUGAGGGACUGGUGGGAGAAGGAGACGAAGAAGAAGUUCCUGAAGAAGGCAGAGUGCAUCAUCCAUCAGUACGGGAACUACUCGGUGCCGGAAGUUAACCUCAAUGUCAACGGCAUCAACACUCAAGGGGAGAACAUUGCCGACAACGGUGGCAUCAAGGAAGCCUACUACGCCUACCUCCAAUGGACCACGAAGUUCGGAGAGGAGGAGCGGCUUCCUUCCCUUCCCUACAACCCGAAGCAGCUGUUCUGGAUCUCUGCCGCUAAUGUCUGGUGCAGCAAAUACCGCCCGGAGACCCUCAAGUUGCGUAUUCUGACCGGAGCUCACUCGCCCGCCAGGUUCAGGGUCAACGGGC